AUGCCACUUCCUGCGGACUUUGCCAGUAAACUGGGCUUACGGUCCCGCGUAGUCUAUGGCAGAGGUCAGACCCCGAGGCCCCGCCUGGGAAUAAUUCCCAGCGGCCCCCGGGGUCUUCCGGGCGAUCAGGCCCCGCCUCGGAAACGUCCGAGCGGCCCCGAUCCCCGUCUGUCUUCCGGUCCACCCGGCGGCCUGGGUCACACCCAGAGUGCCACCGGGGCCCGGCCCCUCCCCCCGGAAGACGGACCACGUCCGAAUCAACCGCGGGGAGGCCACGACUUCCGGCCCACCCUUCGGCCAGGACCACGUCCUGUUGCCUCCGGGGUCCGGCUCUCCCCCGCCCGUGAGCACGCCCACGACGAGCCCGCUAACGGAGGAGCUACCCUUGCCACCGCCUCCUGCCGAAACACCGGCGUGCAAUGGAGACGGUGGCCUCCCCCCGAAUCCCAGCCGCUUGCCGGAACACCGGCGUGCAAUGGCAACUGGGAUUCCUGCCUCCUCGCCCGGGUUCCCCCCGAUCCCUGCCGAAACACCGGCGUGCAAUGGGAUCGAGGGGGAGACGACCCGGUCCGGUGGAUGGAGCAUGCUCCCCCCUAUCGGCCCCGGCGGCCGAGGUUUGAACUCGGGGUACCUCAUGCCCUACCGGCGAGUGGUCUCAGUUCUGCCUCGACUCGCGUCGAGGCAGCCGAGACCGGAGUCGUCGGGCUCCUUGUUUCCCCUUUUCAGGGGAAAGGCAAGCUCUUAGUCGGCGAGCGCCCGUCACCGAAACCGCCGAUGCCUAAAACGGCACUCAGCGGCUUCCAGACGGACGCCCGCCUACAAGCCCCCUCACCACGUCAAGGUGGCUUGCCACGAGGGGGAAAGGUUAGGAUUUCCACUAUUGCAACGAUGUGCAAGGCUGAGAUGCCGAAUGGAUAA